AUGGAAACUCCGAGACCAAUUCAUAUGACAUUUUUACCCCUCACACUUUCUCCAUUUUACUCCAACCCCCCUCUCUUCAUUCAUAAGACAACGCUUCCUCCUUCCCUCAUUGCCUAUCACACCAUGCAGCGUGCGGCGGCCAAACACCAACCACGGCGGAGCUCCGGCGGAGAUGCGGCUGAGGAGGAGAAGGUGUUCAAGGGGGACCAGGAGUUCGCUGACUCGUCAUCGAACUAUUUGAAGACCAUUUUCGCCCUGGCGCUGUGGCUCGGAACCAUUCAUCUCAACGCAGCGUUGGUGCUUUUCGCGCUUUUAUUCCUCUGUGUCCGCGAAGCACUCUUGCUGUUAGGUUUGCUUUUCGUGUUGAUGCUGAUUCCUAUUGAUGAAAAGAGCAAAUUCGGUCGGAAAUUAUCCAGGUGCUUGUUUUUGUUUGCCGCGUGA